AAAUGUGUCUUGUUUAGCUUUUUGAUGUGACUUUUUCAUGUGUGCUGUUUCCUCUGUCAGAGUUUCUUGUCUCUGUUCAGUCAGCUCCCAGUCUCUGAGUGCAAAAUACUUGAUGGUCCAUCCGAGGGGAGAGAAGCUUGAGGUGGUGCUGGUUCUUAGCAUAAGGAGUUUGGCUGAUUUCUCAGGAGAAGGGAUCAACACUCCAACAUUUCAACAGCUGAAAAGGGUUGUCUAGGAUGGACUUAGAGCUUCUGAAGAGGCUGCGUCAGGCCAACCAGGACCUUCUACAAAGGCUCACAACAAAGCAGGAGGAGAUCAGGAAAAGAGUUCCCAGCAAGCCACUCCUUCCAGCAUCUGUUCUUCGCCACAGAGCUGCUGAGGGAUCUGUCCCCUGGCCCAGGAGAGGGAAGGAGAAUCAGGUGGAUGCUGACCCUGGAGUGGUGGUGUCUGUGGAACCCAGAGCACGGACAGCCAGAGCAGCCCUCAGUUCACCUCUGAAACACAGCAGCAGGGACAGAGAGGUACAGCAGCAACAAGCAAAGGCACAGGAAGCAGCAGGUUUGGAUUCCAGCUAUCCUGGGAAAGAGAAGAGUGUUACUCCAGUGUCUGCAAUCAUUCCAUGUGGCAGAGAAGCCUCCAGAGUGGAUGGGGAUGGCCAUGCUCGAGGAAGUCCAGAGAAGGAAUCCUUCCUCCUGGGACUUGGAGAGAACAGAAAACAGUCUGCUCUGCUCCAUGGUUUCCAUGAGAAGAAUCAUCCAGACCCAUCACUGAGCAGAGUGCAAAAUGAAGAGCCCAGUGAGCAGCACGUGGUCAGCAGAGAGCCCACGAUGCCUAAAUCAGUCCUGGUGACAUCCCAGUCCAAAGAGUUGAAGAAAGCUCAUCAUGUGACUUUUCAGCCUGAGCCUGAAGAAGAUGCCACACCAGUGGGCAGCUGGUCUGCCCGUCCUUUCCUGGGCUAUGACUGGAUUGCAGGGCUCCUUGAAACAAAGUCUUCAGUAACAGAAAAAUCUGAGCAAUACUUUGCUGAGCUGCAGCAGUUCCGACAGGCCAACAGAGAAGCUUGUAUUGAUGAGCAGGACCUGGAGCCCAAGGCUCUGGAUUGCACAGUUCCUGAACAAGAACCAGAUUUGAUAACCAGUUCCCAUAAGUGUUUUUACUGUUACCGGUUAAACCAGCGCCUGUUCCCUGUCCCUGUGGAUCCAGAAUCUGCCUGCCCUGUGUGUAAGAUCCCACGUGCCCACCAGCCCCCAGGGACACUGGAAGAGCCAGCCCAUGUCAGGGUCAGCAUUCCCAGGAAUACCCUUUUGCCUGCCCACAAGUACAAAGCCCAUCGCAGGAGGAGCUUUGAGCCAGCAGACGAUCUGGCCUUACCCUCGCACUGCCUGGCUGGCUGGGAAAACAUCAUCCCCCCAAGCAACCCCAGGCUCAGCAGUUUGGAUCUGAGAGCUUCCCUGGAAGAGAGGCCUUCUCCCCAUCCUCACCUGGACUCGCUGCCCAGAGUGCCCAGAGGAGCUGAGGAGCCCCUGCCCCCCUUGGCACGUCCCAGGUCCAGCAGUGCCUCCCCUGGGAGGAGGCAGAGCAGGCGGGGACGCCGGAGAGCAGCUCCCGGGUCGGACCAGGCUGGUUUAACCUCAACUCUGUGAACCACAGACUUGAUGCCCAGGGGAAGAGGUGGGCACAGCACGUGGGAACAACUCACAGACGAGGCCAUUUGGAUAAAAAGUUAAUCUUGGCACAGAUUUUGCCCGAUGGGUUUCCGCGGUCGCGCGGUGACCGGCGCGUGUGUGUGCGAGUUUGUACAGUCCAGUGGGGGGGUUCACUUCUCUUUUUUGCCUCUUGCAGCUGCUCCUGAGAGCUGUCCCACCUGGGGCUGGCUAAAGGGAUGUGCCCAGGAUGAGUAGGGACAGCCAUGGCAGUCCUGCCACCUCAACUGAGUCACCACCAGUGUAACUCAACUCUUGAGUGCCAGGGGAGGAACUGGCCUAUGAAGGGCCUGGUUCAGUGGAGUGACACAAAUAUGGUGAUUUCCAAACAUUUGAAACAUGACACUUAAGUUUCUAGUGCCCUAAACUUGAGUUCCUGAAUAAUUCAGUUAAAAUUAAAAAAAUCCUAUUUAUUUUCAGUGCAAUGUGUGUAGCUACAGAGUAACUGUGAGUGUGAAAAAACAUGUUAAAAUGAGAUUUUAUUCAUUAACAAGCUAGAUAAUGUUAAAGCCUUAAAAUGUUUGCAAAUUGUGCUUGCCUCUGCUUUUCCAAGUUCGUUGGGAGAUAAACCAAAAAAACAUUUUGGAGUUUUUAAAUUGUACCAAAACAAAAUACAUUACAUAGUACAAUUAGUUUGAACUUCGUGGACUGAUCUUACUUUCCUUGCCUAAAACCAAUAAACCUGAUGUUUUAUUUUGCCUUGAA